AUGGCAUUCACUAUUCUCGGCCCCAUUUUGGGGUCUCUGUUGUGCUUCUCUAUUUGCUUCGUGUAUCCGGCGUCUCUGACUUUUCAGCUAUUGUUGAAGGAGAAGGGGGUACCUUGUGGGGCCCUGAACAAUGACCAUCUACAGCAUGUGGUAUUCUGGAUACUCAGCUCUUGGAUUUGUUGCAUGGAAUCCUUUCCACCCAUCGCACUUCUUUGCCAGUAUAUUCCGCUUUACUAUGAGAUCAAGUGUGUGCUUUUCUACUGGCUCGCUUCACCCCAGUUCAAAGGAGCAGGCUGGCUCUGGCUGAAUGUACUCAACCCCGCCUACGAGAAGGCCGCCCCAGUGUGUUCCCAAAUGUAUAGCGAACAAUGCCAUCCGAAGAUUAAAAGUGCUAUAGAGAAGGUUAUAGGGACAAUCGUAGGCAGGAGGGCUCAGCAGUCCGAGGCCUUCAAUAAGAGCCGACAGCCGUCAAAGACCACCGAUACCGCAAAGGCUGAUUAG